AUGUUUGCCAACCAUCACGCCAGCGCACCCGUGUCGCCGUCUGAUGGUCUCCGUGCAAGUUCCUUCACCACUUUUUUCCAGUACACUGGUUCUCGCCAAGACCAGAGCGUCAGCAUGACUGAUCACGCCUCCGUGCUUGCUCAAGGCGGUACGAACAGCCUUUGGCGACCGCAUCCCAAUUUUGCAGCCUCAAGUGCCCCGUCUGUACGCUCUACUUCGCCCUCGACCAGCUUGGCUUCAACAUCCAUGACGUCCAUCUCACCCCUGGGCAGCACUCGCAUAAACCCUGAUGGCUCGUUCACCUCGCAAGAGUGCUCUUUCGACAGUCUGUCCAAUGCUGCCUCGGGCUCUUUCAGCCGGGCGUCGUCUGCGUCGGAGGACGUCUUCUCUUACGAUCUCGGCUCGCUGGGCGUGCCUCCUUCUCUGCGCAUGUCCAAGCAGAAGAAGAAGCUCCGUAAUAUCGACCGCAAAAUGAUCUGCGACUAUUCGGCCGCCAAUCCACAGGUCAAGCAGGAUGCUAUCGCCCAUCAAUUUGGCAUUGAACGCAGCACGGUCAGCAAGAUCCUCAAGCAAAAGGAUAAGUGGCUCGCCAUUCAGCCCGGCAGCGACGCAGCCCGCAUCGCCAAGCACCGCGCCGUCAAGUUCCCUGCCGUCGAGGACCGUUUGACAGCUUGGGUCGCCGAGCUUGAGGCGAGGGGGGAGGCGAUUCGCGAUACGACUAUCCGCAACGAAGCCUUGCGAAUCGCCCGCGAGCUAGGUCUGGGGGAGGAUAAAUUCAAAGCAUCGGGCGGCUGGAUCGAAAAGUUCAGAGAGCGCAACCAGAUUCCCAAGCCUCAGAGCAUCGACACCAAGAGCGAGCUCUCCAAUGUAGCUGGACCUACCAGCGAGCCAACGCCCGCGGCCGGCACUCCUGGCGCGCUGAAAAAGGAAGGCUCUGAGGAUGCGUUGACGGCAUCGAUGACGAUCGCCCCGUCCGCCUCAGCAAGCAUGGGCACUCGUCCACCGUCGGCUCGACGCCAAGCGACGAGGGGCGGCAGGCCGAAAUCGACACCUCAGAAGCGAGCCAGAGAGGAGGACGCGAGCAUGCAAGCCACCCUGGGCUUGUCGCCGCUCAGCAACGACAUGGCUCGUAUGCAUUUUAGCGGCGGAGUGUCUCCUGCAACACUGUGUGACUCUGCUUUCUUCAGUCCUGACCUGUACGUGCCUCAUCCCUCGAUGCCACCACCGUCGCAGGACUACGCUUUCCUGCAACAGAGUCAUGGCGGUACCUCGGUACAGUCUCUAGCAAUGGAUUGCGACCUGGAGUCGGAUCGCAAGCGCAGAAGAGCCGUUGAAGAAUUCCAGGCUACCCAAUCGGCGAUGGCUCUGGGUCCCGUCACCAUUAUCCAAUUCUCGCCCGUGGCUGCCGAGUCAGCUUCGUUAGCCCAGGAUCAAACGUCGGCACAACUCUCGCAGGGUCUCGAGCAACCGGUCACGCCCCCGCAGAGGAGCAGCUCGCGAGGCCGACGGAAUGCAGCCAAGACCUCCGCCGGUAGCAGGGGAGGACGCUCGCGUCGCGGCAAAGGACGCCUGUCGAACGUCAACCACACACCCCAGACUCCGUCGCCUCUGUCCAUGUCGCCUGCCGACCCGAGUGGGGAAUCUGGCUCGCGUGAAUUGACCGCUGCAGACGCGGAGCAGAUCACGGCCGCCACACUCGAACGCAUCCGAGCGCUUCAGGACUCGGGUAACGCUUCCUCACACGUCACGGCUGAGCAGGCGCAGCAGUCUUUGGAACUCGUCCUGAGAUUCCUGCGCGAGCAGCCGAGCGAUUUCCUGCCGCCGACCCACUUUGUCGUUUUUGGACAUCUCCAGGCCAAUAUCGAGCAGAAGAUCCGAGAUCGAUCGACCGACGGAUCGCUGGCUGAGUGCACAAGUCCACACGUGCCUUCGCCGCUGCUGCAGGCCGCCGAACUCAACGGCGAAACUCGUGCCGAUAGCAGCGAAGAGCAGCGAGAGGAUGUCUUGCCCUGUAUCGAUGAGCAGUGA